AUGUCCUCGGCAUCGAGGAACUCCUACCUGCACCGCCGCAACGACAGCAAUAGGGGGAACACUCUCAAGCGGGCUCCUUCGAGGUCGCAAACGCACGUCAUCAGCCAUGACGACGCCUACAGCUUCGCCCUCCGCAUCGCCUACCUGAACUACCUCCUGCAACCCAAGACGAAGCGGAAGCAAUGGGUUGCCGCGCCCAAGCCCAUACACAAGGCGGGGCAACGUUCCCACACCGCCGUCGGCGACCUCAUCAGUCAACUCAGCUCGCCUUCAGGCUCGUCCAAGAUUACCAUGCCCCACGGGUUUCGAAGCUCUCUCGAGAAGAGGCUCAGCCAGGUCGUCCAAGGCAGCUACCCAGUUCCCGGCUACAACGAUGCAGCCGUCAAGAGGAGCUUCGCGCGAGCGUACACUGCUUUCACCGAGAAGGCCUUCCAAAAGCGAGCCGACGACGAAAGAAAGAUCGAUCCCUACAUUCUCAUGUUCUACUCCUCUGCCACCAAGGCCGCCAAUGCGACCGCCGUGCAGGCCAACUCCUCGGAAGACCAUGUCAAGAUGCUGCCCGACCGCCAUCUAGCCCUGUUUGUGCGCCUCGUAUCGCACAUGCUGCGGGACCAGGGCGUUGACCGUGACCGGCCAGAGCUGAUGAAGAGACUCGAUAGCCUGGAGAAGAAGCUGCUGACACAUGACCAAAACCUUGCCGAUGUCAAUAAUCAAAACGAAACAAAGAUGAUUGAGGUUAUCGUGCCCCUGAGCUACGACGUGAAAGACAUGCCUUUGGUUCUCUUGAUUCAGCGGGUUUUCGGGCGUACCAAGACUGAUGUGCAGUCAGACAUUGAUGCUCAUCGACAUGCGUGGACCGAAGAAGCGGCACUGAAGGACAUCAAGGCGUACCAGCACCGACUCGCCUCGAAUGCGCCAGGAUCGUUGCGGAAACACGACUUCGACACUGACGAAGCCUAUGAAGAGUGGAAGAAGGCCGAGGCGACUCACCUCUCGGAGAUUUUGUUCAAGAUUACGACUGCAAAGCCGGAACUGCUCAAAACUUCAUCAUCGAGCCUGGACAAGCCGCUUCCCGGAAGACCCAUGUCGCUAUACGGCGAGGAUCAAGCGUACGGAGACCUCAGCCGGGCACUGUCGAACCCGGAUUCGGCCACCUACGGAUCUGACCCUUCUUCCAUGAUCAGCUUGAGCUCGCUUUCACUGGAAGAUGCGCCUGGUGGAACGCAGACGGUGGAAGAGCCAGCUUACACCUUUAUUCCUCCCAACCCGAGGUCCUUCUACAAAGCGUUCCUGCAGUAUUGCAUGACGUACGAUCAUCUGCAUUCUGACCCUGCCCUGCCGUACGCGCCAUUUUCGCCUCAGAGCAUCGACCUCUUGAUAGAGCUUUCCGUGUUCUGGCGACUUCCACAAUUCACUAGGCUGAUCGUUGUCAUCGAAGUCGCGUCAAAGAGGUUUCUUGAUGGUGAGAUUGACAUUGAUCAACUCGCAGAAACACUAGAAAUUGUCAAGGAGACGGCUUCAGAUCACCGCAAAGCACCCGCAUUGCAACAUUAUCCGGCUGGUCUUUCUCAAAUCGACCGACAGCUCUGGACGGUGCAAGACUUUAUCGUCUAUCAACAGACUUUGCAGACCAUCCACGACGCCCUGCUACGGGACCUGUUCAACCAGCUCAAGGAAUGCUACGGGCAGAGCCCUCCCAACAUUGCAUCCAUCAUGAAGAUCCUGGAGGACCACAUCGAGGAGGACCCUGCCUUUGCUCCUAAGCAAGAUCAACUCAGCGAUUUCUCCAAGCAAGUGACGGAGGCUCUCCGCCAGUCAGCCCGGGACCUGUAUCAUGAGAUUGUGCAGACCAAGCUUCCUGAAGAUGCUGAAUCGUGGCAGUUCUCCCAUGUCAUCGAAAUGGGCAAGUUGGUCGUCCAGCGUGUGGCCAAGAUGCAGAAGCGCUACCGAAGCAUGUCCGAGAUCAAGGGCGUGACACCGCUGCCUAUCCUGGUCCAGACAAUACUUCCGAUAUUCGAGCAGGACGCCGAGCACAUUAUCGGCAAGGCCAUCCAGACUGCGCAAGCGGCUGGCUGCGAACUCGACAUUGACGAUGGGUUCGACCUCUACAGGGAGCUGAUCAAGCUGCGUGAAAGCCACUACAAGUACCUCCCCGGUGUUGAAUUUCACUUCGACAUUGAAGGGCUUCUGCAGGAGUUCGUCUGGAGGUGGAUCCGCGAAGCAGAGUCUAGAAUGGAGGCUGGUGUCAUCAAUGCCAUCAAGCUGGACGACUUCAGGGCGCUAGGAGACGACGGCGAGCGUCUGCCUUCCGACGCAGAGCGGCACAGCGCAAGUAUAGCCGAUUUGUUCCAGUUCUUCUCGGCACCAGUGACACAGAUCGAUCAGCUCGAAUGGAGGAACGAAGAACAUCACGCUCGCUUCAUGACGGCGCUUGCGCACACCUUCGCCACCGGCAUUGAGAAGUACUGCGAGGAGGUUGGACGGAUAUUCGCGGCCGACAUGGAGCGACUCACACCGCAGGAGGAAGCCAUGGCGUCGAGGACGACGCAGGAGAGGUUCAUGCAGUACGCCAAGGAAGCAUGGAACAACAAGGAGAAGCCGGAGCCCUACAACUUCAGUUCAAAGGCGUUUGUCAUGCUCAACAAUAUCGAGUUUGCGAAGCAAAAACUCGACAAAUUGGAGCACACGAUGAACGUGGAUCGAUGCGCCGAAAUCGUCCGAGCCAUUGACGGGCCGAAGCAGCAGACUCGUCGGCCCAACAAAUACAACUUUACCGUGAAGAUUGUCGAGGCCGAGGAUCUCAAGGCCUGCGAUCCAAACGGCUUCAGCGACCCCUAUGUGGUCCUGGUGGACGAGCGCCAGAAGCGCCUCCACAAGACCAGAGUCGUUCGAAAGAGCCUGAAUCCUCGCUGGGACGAAUCCAGGGACAUCACCGUCACCGCGCCAAUCACCAUCAUUGCCACGGUCUGGGACGAUGACAUGUUUGGGGAUCACGACUUUGUGGGACGGACGUCUUUUAAGUUGGACCCCGUCCACUUCAGCGACUACAUUCCCCGCGAGAUCUGGCUCGACCUCGACACCCAGGGCAGGAUACUGGUCAAGAUUAGCAUGGAAGGAGAGCGCGACGACAUUGAGUUUCAGUUUGGCAAGGCGUUCCGGGACCUCAAGCGGACAGAACAGAUCAUGGUCCGCAAAAUCACUGAAAAGCUUCGGGACCAGAUCAACACAAGCCUCUCGCAUGAGACCUUGCGGCGUCUGCUGGGCGGCGCAGGGCUCGGCGCGCAAGUCACAAGUCUGUGGAAGAAGAGGACAUCCAUCAUGCCGACGGCGCCGUCCAAGGCGGUCAUUGACGAGUCGCUUGAUCCUCUGAUGGAUUACUUCCACGCCAACUUCACCAUUAUGAACCAGACGCUAACAAACGACACGAUGCGCUCGGUCAUGCUGCGGCUGUGGAAGGAAGUCCUCCUGGCAGUUGAGGCGCUCCUGGUGCCGCCGCUCUCGGACAAGCCCUCGGAGCAGCGGCCGCUCAGCCGCCUCGAGGUCGACAUUGUCUACGGCUGGCUGCGCCAGCUCCUCGCCUUCUUCAACGCCAAGGACGAGGAGGGCAACGAGCUCGGCGUGCCGGAGAACGACCUGCGGUCGCCCAAGUGGCACGAGCUCGCGUCCCUCAACUUCUUCUACUUCGAGGACACGGUGACGCUCGUCCGCGAGUCGGAGCGCAUGGCCGCGUCGAACGCGCAAAAGGUGCAAAAGGCGCUCGCGCAACAGGCGGGCGCGGCGCCGAACCGCCUCUCGGCGCCGCCCGUCAUGGGCGCGCCGUCGGUCGCCGCCUUUGGCAGCAUGGGCACCAUCAAGCGCGGCAAGAGCAUCAUGAUGAGCCGCAACCUCGGCACCAUGCGCCGCGCCAAGGAGGAGAAGUGGAAGGAGGAUCAGGCCGAGCCGAGCGACGACAUGAUCAUGCGCAUCCUCCGCAUGCGGCCCGAGGCCGCCAACUACCUCAAGGAGCGGUCGCGCCAGAAGGAGCGCCAGUCGGCCCGCACCGCCGCCAUGAUGAUUGUCAACAAUAGCGUCUCGCAGGGCUGGGCCGCUGGCGGCGCCGGCGGCGCCCCGUACGCGAGGAAUAACCUGCCUCGGCGGUGA